AUUGCAGCUCCAAAUUCUAGAACCAUAUCCGCUGCUUGAAGAUGAGGAGAAAAUUAUGACCUCCCAAAGCAACCCAUUAUAUUUUUGGAUUAUUCCAACUGUUACCAAGUUUUCCCAUUAAGACUGUCUUGCUGACCAGAAAACUCCUGGAUUCUUUGAGAUUCUUUCAUUCUCCGGGAAAGAUAAAGAGGUCUUGCUCACAUUAACUCUCAUGUCUGAAUGACCAGCCCACCCUCAUGAUCAUCUGUUGACUUCACCUCCUUCCAAUCAGAUCCCAUCUCCUCUAUAAUGCUUUUCCCAACUUCCUCAAGUAUGAAAAUGAUCUCCAAAUGACUUUGACAGCUGUGUGAAGAUGAUUAAAACUUUUCGACUUGGAAGAGGAUAAAGAGAGGAAGAAAAAGAAAAGAAAAGAAAGGAAUCCCAGCACUUCCUUCCAAAACUAUGAGCAGCGGUGACGCAGCUGGGUUUGAGACCUCCUGAAACCUCCGAGGGAACCUAAGAAAGGCGUCCCGCGCGGACUUGGAGUUACCAUCCCCCAUAUUGAAUUGCUAACCAAGAUUAUAGAAGGUGGGCACUAGAUCAUCGCCAAGGUCCCUUUCAGAGUUGACAUUCUAAACUUCUAUGGGAAGGCGCAGGUUUUUUUUCUUCCCUGGCUGCCUCUACCCCUCCUUAUCCUGACCCAGAGUCCUCUCUGCUAUCUGGCUGCUGGACCUCUGAGAAAUAGAAGUCAUCGGAGGAGUCUGGUGGCUUAGAUUAAAAUGUCCAGUUUCAUUCAUGACCCACCCAUUUCAAAAUGAAAACUACGGAGUGAAAGGUGCUAUCCUGCUGAGAUUUCUGGAUCUUUUUCAUCAUUCAUAAAGACAAGAUACAAAGGAAGGACCAUACAUCAGAGACAGACAGACAUUCAGACAGACAGACUCAGUGAAAAGCUGGUGAGCAGAAAGAUUUACUCCACUCUGUUCUAAUCAACUCCCAUGGAGAAAAUCAGCUCUUUCUUCAGCAACCUCUGGAGCCUCAUCUAUACCAAACAUGAGCAGGGCAUCUUUAACACCAUAUGUCUGGGAAUACUCCUGGGCCUCCCUGUCCUGGUCCUUUUAGCCCUCCUUUUCGUAUGCUGUCAUUGCUGCUGGAGUAGGUCAGGCAAGAACAGUGGGCAGUCAGAAAGGAACAAGAAGAAGAAGAAGAAAAAGAAGGGUGAAGAGGAUUUAUGGAUCUCAGCCCAACCGAAGCUUCUUCAACUGGAGAAGAGGCCAUCAUUACCCGUCUAGCAGGAGGAAGGAAGCAAAGGCAUCCUCCUCCUGAGACUUGGGAUCUUAGAUCCAGCCACCACUGUUCAGGGAAGAAAAAAAUCCAUGAAUGGCUACUCUAGGUCCUCAGAGUGACUUCUAAACUAAGAAACGCCAAAGCUAGCAAAGAAAAUAGCCCUGAGACCCAUCGUGACUAGUAGGACUAUAUGUAUACAUGCAAGGGGUAUUUUAGUCAAUUUGACUUAGCCACUGUGGAUGCUCAAGAGAUGAGCAAUAUUUAAUAAUACCCAUUGCAAUAGGUGCAUGCACAUGCUUAUGCCUACAUUAAAAAAGGCAGAUAGCCAUACUUGGGUAGGUAUAGCUGUAGUCAAGGGCACAAAUGCACUGUUAUACACAAACUUUGGGGAAGUUUGUGAAUAUACCAAAAAAGAAGAUAAGGAAAAAAACGUGCUUGAACACACACACACACACACACACACACACAAAACCAGGUACAUAGUCAAGGGAACAAGCACAGCACAUACUUAUAUUCACCAGUUCACACCUGUAUAGUCUCUUGUCUGUGCAUGUGUACAAACAUUCUUUAAAUGGCAGGAAUGCUUUGCUGACCACUAUCUCCAUUGCUCAAAUUUCUAGAUAUAGGUCAACUUGUAAUUAACAUAGGUCAAAUCAGUUGUGGGGUGGGGAGGAUUUUUAGGUCUUUCCAUCCCUGUAGGGACAGUUAACCUUUCACCUGGAAGUGCCUAGAACAUUUUUAUUGGGUAGUCCAAGGCCCUUGGGUUUCUGAGAUAUUACACAAAUAUUGAUUCACAUUUACAUGCCAUGUCCCAGGGUUCUUGACCCUCACACUGGGUUAACAGCUAAUGUUGCUAACAGGAUGGAUCAAGUGGCAUUUCUGCUCUCCUUACCUAAGAUACAAGUGUUAUACUUCCAAACGCCAUUUAGUGUUUAGUUCUCACCCUCAGGGCUACACAGCUGAGAGCCCUCCUCCUAGCAACAGCUAAGCGAGCUGCCUAAAAAGACCAGGGGGAUGUUAAUAGCCAGGAAACUGUGGCAAACUAGUGGCUAGGUUGAGUGUACUCUUGUCCUGUCAUGUACACGUGUAGUCAUAGUUGUUCAAGUGAAGAUGUAAAACAGAUGUGAAAAUGAGGAGUAUGUUAUACAAGGUAAAAAGAAGCCAAGGAGGCAAUGCUGGGAUUUGCACGUUGAAUCCAGUGACCAUUGAGUUGGUGGGAGACAGUUGGGUGAGUGUAUGAUUUGUUGGAAGUAGGAGGCAAAGGCUUUUGUAAAAGAAUGAAAAUGGUGGCACUGAAGAAAAGCAAUGAAAGCCAGUGGAUGAGCCCCAGGUGCAUUUUUUAAAGGUCCACACUGCCAAAGGAACAAUAAUUCUGCCACUAUUGUAGAAAACCUCAAAAUGAAACCCUGAAAGCUUUUUUUCUUGCUUAUCCCAAGACCCAACAUUAAACUUUACUUAUUGCCAAUUAUGGCAAUGUUGAUGACUAUUACAAGGGUGAAAUCUUAACAAAACACCAUCUCAAAACAAAGUUUCUACCCACAUAAGUGAAUAUUCCAAUUUCUCUAAUGGAAGAAGUAUAUUGAAUUUGGAUAAUAAGGUACAAGAAAGAAACAAGUGAAUGUAAUAUAUGUUCGCAAAGUUGGUCACAUACCCAUAAUAAGCAAAAAGUCAAGAUAUAUUCUCAGUUUAUCCAAGGCCAAAGAACUUUGGGAGGUGGGCCAUGUUCCUUAUGGAAUAUGCAAAGAACAGGCCAUCCCAGUUAAUAAAGGAGUGUGUUUCAAAAAA